AUGGAAGCAAUCUGGCAAAAUAUUACAACGGCGUUGGAAGUUCCCUCGGAUGUGGCCGAUAAAUGGUUAUUUAAACUGAAAGAACAAUAUUCUCAAUCGAACCGCUGCUAUCAUAACGAAGAGCAGAUGAUUCAUAAAAAGUCGAAGCACUUAUCCGGAGCCAGUAUUUGCAUUCAGCUGGCUUGUCUGUUCCAGUACUAUCAUUUCGUUGCUGGAAAGGAUUGUGUAAAGGAAAACUGUGAUGCUCUGAAGGAAUUUCUAGCGGAAGCAAAACUGGAAAACAAAUCAUUGGAAAACAACACAUUGCGGUUACUCGGAGAUGUUACCGUUGAAAGUAUCGACCUUCCAGAGGAUGAUGUGCUCUUUUUUCAAGAUCUGGAUCUGUUAAUUUUAGGGUAUUCUGCGGAUGAAUAUAAGCAAUACAGCAAACAGCUGAGAGAGGAAUACUCCGAGCUGGAUAGCGGGUCUUACAACAGAAUGAGAUUGAAGAUUCUUCAAACCUUCAACCGGAUUCCAUUCAUUUACGCCUCUAAGGAAUUGGGAGACAAAUACGAACAAACUGCCAGAGCCAACAUUGGAAAUGAAAUCAAGGAAUUGCAAAAUAAUUAACUCUAGCCAAUACUGUUGGUAUCUCGUGUUUCCAUAUCUUGUUUGCAUCAAGGAUUAUUACCAUCGAUGAAAAGUAUCUAUAUAUAUACAAAUAAUAAAAAUUGUAACGUAACAACGGAAGAAUUGCAU